AUGGCAUCGUCAAAGUUUGGCGUCCUUGCUGCCUGCUGCUUGGGGGCUUUUGUGUGGUCCUCCUAUGGCCAGCUCUUUGCCGUGAGCGACCUGACCAGCACAGCUUCCUCGCUUGAGACGCAGGCUUCGGGCAUGCUUGCGGCACUUCAGAAUGGUGUGGCUACAGUUUUGCUCAUUGUUUUCAGCAUCUUGGUCCGACUCAUACAUGCAAUGAUCCCUGGAAUGGCGAUUGCCCUUGUCUGCUAUACGGCCUACCGGCUCACAAAAUCCAACGCGUGGAGUCGCCGUACCGUUUUUCUGCUCACGCUGGCUGUGUUCCUGACCUAUGGCUUGAUCCGACUGGGGAGCAAGAUGGGCCAGCCACAGGUGGGCGAUGGAAUGGUCAACACGGAUGAGACAGGCAGACAGAUUCGCAGCGGCGAGCUGGUGUUGCUCCAGAGUGGAGAGGUGGGCCUCCAGGCACACCCCCAGAGAGAUCCGGGCUCAGUGGUCCCAAGAGACUGGAGGGAUUACAUGGCCCAGGCAAUUCAGCAAUCGCUGAUGACAGGCAGCGCGCAGGUCGUGCUCGAGUUUACACGUCCAGGAUGCACCUACUGCCACAAGCAGCUGCCGGUUUUGCAGGAGGCUGUAAAGAGGAGAGCCUCAGCCACAGGUGCCCUUGCGCCUGGUUUGGCCUUUGCCGCGCCCUCUCCUAGCAGUGGCAGCAUGCUUUUUGCACCACUUCGCAUCUUCAUCCUCGAUGAGGAGGAAUUCCAGGAGCUAGCAGCUGGCUUCAGAGUCCAGGCUUUCCCCACUCUUUGGAUCUUUGGCCGGCCCAGAGUUGAUCCUGUUGUGCAACAGGGCUUUGUCGACGGAGCCACGUUUGAUGAGAUUUUGAGACAAGUUGCUUUGAAGAUUCCGCCACCAGAAGAGCCGCAGAAGAAGCGAAGGGGUGCAGGUGUGCAGAAUGCAGCUAUUGACUCGAACGCACCUCGGUGCCGACAGUCCCUGCGCGCUGAAACGCAGAAAGGUUUGCACGGCGUAUCGUUGAAGACCUUCUACCGAAGAAUGCAAGGGGAAGGUCCCACAAUACUGCUACUUCAGGACCACGAGGGACACGCCUUUGGGGGCUUCGCCUCUGCCGCGUGGAGAGUGGCUGACAGAUACUACGGCACUGGCGAGAGCUUCGUGUUCCGCUUCAGGCAUCCAAUGCCAAAGCCGGUUGUGUCACUGGCGCAGCAGAUGCAGCAUCUGCCAAGCGUGCACGAGAAGGAUGCAUCGCCAGGCCUCAGCCGGUCUGCGCUUGCAGCGCAGCAAGCUGUGGACGAGGCUGUGAAGCUCUUGGAGUCUUGGCGCCCCAAGGUCAAGGAGCAAGCAAAGAAGUCGGAGCGAGAGGUAUUGCAGAGUGACUGUGUCACUUCAGCGACGGAGGCCCUUGAAGAGGAGUCUCCGAAGGAUCUGGAAUUGGAGGUCUUUCAUCACGAUGCCUCUGGGGAUGACUUCUUCCUCUUCUCCGAUGUGACGUGUUUGGCCAUGGGCGGUGGCUCUGGCUUUGCGCUGUAUGUCGAAAAGGACUUGCUACAUGGAAGGAGCGAUCCUUCCACCACGUUCAACUCCGAGGUGCUCUCUUGCGAGACAAGCUUUAUCAUCGGAGACCUCGAGUGCUGGGCUUUUGAUGACCCCACAGAGGUUCAUUAA